AUGAUUGCAAUUCCACUACCGGUCGUCCCGGCCGCUCGGUCGACGAUCGCUCCCGCAAAAGAGCCACAACCUGACCUGCCUCCUCCAUUCAAACCUCGCUCGGUCAAUGUCGUGAGACAAGAUCUCUUGGCUGCACGCAAUAUUGACCCAUUCGUCCUCCUCCCUCGCAUAUUCAUCCCCAUUCCUCGCGGGCUCUGGAGGCCACCGGUCAUGCACUACGGGUGGCCUGCUCCCACUUCAAUGCUUCUGUCCUACGCAGAGGAGCACGGAUUGGUACUGAAAAUGAGUCGACGUAACCCGAACAUCUGCACCGCCGAUGAUAGCAGUGACGAGGACGAGCCAUUCACGGAGGACAACGAUGCGGAGGACAGUGAUGGUGCUGAGAGUAGCUGCUCCAGCGGCCCUACAACCUCUCGGACUCGCAAGCCUAUCAUCGCUAGACUCCCGAAGAAUUGUGUCGACGAAUCGUCUACCAUGAUGGCUGCCGUGAAACGUAUCCUCUCUAUUCUCACUAAGGAGACCGGUAUGCGGUACCCUGAAAGCGUGCAAGUGGACGUAACGCUACAACACAGCGGGGGCCCCUCGGAGGCGAGAAUCAUAUCGGUUUACACGAACUACCAUCUCCUCCAAACGGACCUUCCCUCUCCUGAGGACAUUCAGACGAUCGGGAAGACCUUGGGGCUCACCACACCGCCGAUGUGGUGCAUGGAUCAGAUGGAGUACGAAUGGCGACCGUGCGAUCUCUUGGCUGCACGCAAUAUUGACCCAUUCGUCCUCCUCCCUCGCAUAUUCAUCCCCAUUCCUCGCGGGCUCUGGAGGCCACCGGUCAUGCACUACGGAUGGCCUGCUCCUACUUCAAUGCUUCUGUCCUACGCAGAGGAGCACGGAUUGAUAUUGAACACGAGUCGACGUAACCCGAACAUCUGCAUCGCCGAUGAUAGCAGUGACGAGGACGAGUCAUUGACGGGCCCGGGGGACAAUGAUGGCGCUGAGACCAGCUGCUCCAGCAGGGCAAGCGACCAGCCAGCUGGGAGUCGCCCGACGGCUGACGCGACAACUCCUCGGACUCGCAAGUCGGUGCCGAAGAAGCGUGUCGACAAAUUGUCUACCAUGAUGGCUGCCGUGAAACGUAUCCUCUCUAUUCUCGCUAAGGAGACCGGUAUGCGGUACCCUGAAAGCGUGCAAGUGGACGUAACGCUACAACACCGCGGGGGCCCCUCGGAGGCGAAAAUCAUAUCAGUUUACACGAACUACCAUUUCCUCCAGAAGAACCUUCCCUCUCCUGAGGACAUUCAAACAAUCGGGAAGACCUUGGGGCUCACCACACCGCCGAUGUGGUGCAUCGAUCAGAUGGAGUACGAAUGGCGACCGUCAAAGUCCCUGCGCCGUCUCUCUUACCACCGCCCACCGGACAUGGACGUCUUAGCAAAGCCGUACAGCAACUCUCCGCUGUCACGCAUGUACGACUUUCUCGCUCUAGGUCUCUUUAACUUCUGGGUAUGGCGAUGCCCAACGGGCUCAGUCCUCUUGCCAUUCUUCCGCAAACAUAUUGGCGAGAGCGCGCACCUGGACGUUGCCGUAGGGACCGGAUACUACACUGCGAACUCCAUACAACGACUAUCCAAAUGCAAGAACGUCACCCUCCUCGACCUAAGCCCGAGAGCGCUGGAUGUAGCAGAGGCGCGACUGCGCGCGGCGGGGUACAAAGGGACCAUCGACAAGGUGCACCAGAGAGUGUACGAACCGCUGCCUGACUCCCUCCGCGGGAGGUUUGAUUCGAUAUCGGCGUUCUAUACGUUACACUGCCUGCCAGGAACGUUCCCGCCCAAAGCUAGCUGCGUGUUCGCAGGGUUGUCCGCCGGACUCGCGCCCGAUGGCGUGUUGUACGGCGCGACGAUUCUUGGGAAGACGGGAAACCAUACAUGGCUGAGCCGUGCUCUGCUAUGGUUGCACAAUUCGAGGGGAUGGUUCGGAAACGAUGACGAUAGUGCCGAGAACCUCGAGAAGGCGUUACGGGGUUCGUUUGAAGAGGUCGAGGUACGAGUGGUUGGUGUUGUCGCCCUCUUCGAGGCGCGGAGACCUAUACGGGAAUAG